AUGGCUGAGGAACGGAAUCAAGUCGCCAUUCCCCCGGAAGCCAAUUCCAACGUACAGGCUGAGGACGAUUUGAAGCAGGUGGCAGAGCUCAAGGCCCAAGCACCAAUGAAAGGGGAGGGGCAACCUGUUACUCAAGAGCCCAGUGGGGAGAAAUAUGCAAACCCAGAUACUAAUGGCAAGCCUUCAGAAGGACAACAAGGUGGUGUGGAGGAUGAAGAUACGGAAGCCAAGGAGGAAGCUAGAAUUAUUGCGGCUGCCGCAAAGCUGGGUCAAGAUGCUGAAUCAAAGAGUGACUCUAAGGAUGGUGAGCUAAAGGACACAAACAGUGACCAAAGGCAAUCGUCACGAGGUGGCCGCGGUGCCAAUCGCCCACGCGUAAACUAUCGUGACAACAUCAAAUCAGAUGUCUCGACGCUGAAAGAGACGAGCGACCCAGACGAGAUCCGUAAACAGGUCGAAUUCUACUUCUCUGAUUCGAAUCUUCUCAUGGACAAAUUCCUCCUCUCUAAAGUGGGCGGCAGCGAAAAUCGCCCCGUCGAACUGUCCCUCCUGCACUCAUUCAAGCGCAUGCGUCGUUUCCAGCCAUUCAGCGCCGUUGUCGAUGCGCUCAAGGACUCAAAAACUCUCGAGUUGACCGACGACAAUACCUGCGUCAGACGAAAGGUGGCCCUGCCGGAAACAGUCAAGGAUUCGCUGGAUCCUACUGUGGUCAAGGUUUUCGAAAAUAAAGCCAUGCACCGUAGCAUCUACGCGAAGGGAUUUGGUCCCGAGGAACCGAGCACGCAAUUCGACAUUGAGGCCUUUUUCACACCAUACGGCCCCACCAAUGCAAUUCGCCUGAGACGUACAGCCGAGAAGAUUUUUAAGGGAAGCGUAUUUGUUGAAUUUGACAGCGAGGAGACGCAAAAGGCUUUUCUGGCCCUCGAACCCAAGCCAAAGUGGAAGGGUACCACGGAACUCCUGAUCAAGAGCAAGAAGGAUUAUUGCGACGGGAAGAUGAAGGAUAUUGAAGCUGGUCGACUGCGGCCCAAUACCGGCCGGGGCAGAGGUGCUCAUAGAGGGCGAGGCCGUGGGGCCUCGAGCCACCACGAUCGUCGUGGGGAUGAUAAUAAGAAGAAUUUUAGGGGUAGUCGAGGUGGACGCGGCCAGAGAGGAGGUAGAGGUGGUCGUCAAGAGGCUCAAAAGGAUUCUCGUGGUGUCCCCGUCAUCCAGGUGCCAGCAGUAACGGAUAACCCAGCAGCUAAGGCAGGCCAGAAGCGUUUGCGGGAAGACGACGGUGAUUCUGCUGCUGCUACCACUGCUAAUGGCAACGGCCAUUCAUCUGCUUCCAAUGGAACCAGCGCUGCCAGCGCUGAUGUCGGAGCUCCCCCAGCCAAAAAGGUCGAUGUUAAAGAGUCAUGA